GGGGUCUGAGGUGGGCGUGGCCAGGCCGGCUUUAGGUCCGGUGAGUGUCUCGCCGGCCGCAGCACACUCCUGUAAGUGGCGGCCAGGGCUGCGGUGGCCAAGUGAGCUGUCAACUUCAGGUUGACAGGGGUGUGGCCACGACCGCAAGGGCUGUUGUUGCCGGGUGGACCUAACAGGGAUGGGACGCUGGGGCCGGCUGCUGGUGUGGUUCGGAGCUGUGGGCGCCAUUCUCUGCUCUAGCCCGGGGUCCCAGGAGCCUUUUCAGCCGUCCUCGCCCCUGCCGCUGGCAAGUCCCGGCCCCCAGGACCCGAAAGUCAGCGCCCCGCCUAGCAUCCUGGAGCCAGCCUCCCAGCUGAAUUCUCCGGGCACCGAGGGGUCCUGGCUGUUUUCUACCUGCGGGGCCAGCGGCCGGCAUGGGCCCACACAGACACAAUGUGAUGGGGCCUACGCGGGGACCAGCGUGGUGGUGACCGUGGGGGCCGCCGGGCAGCUGAGAGGCGUGCAGCUGUGGCGCGUGCCGGGCCCUGGCCAGUAUCUGAUCUCAGCCUAUGGAGCCGCGGGCGGCAAAGGCGCCAAGAACCACCUGUCGCGGGCGCAUGGCGUCUUCGUCUCAGCAAUCUUCUCCCUCGGUCUCGGGGAGUCGCUGUACAUCCUGGUGGGGCAGCAGGGAGAGGACGCCUGUCCCGGAGUGAGCGCAGCCAGGGGUGAUGCUUCAGAGACUGACAACCUCUGGGCUGAUGGGGAAGAUGGAGUAUCCUUCAUACACCCCAGCAGCGAGCUCUAUCUGCAGCCUCUGGCAGUCACCGAGAACCACGGAGAGGUAGAAAUCCGAAGGCACCUCAACUGCAGUCACUGCCCUUUGAAAGACUGCCAAUGGCAGGCAGAGCUCCAGUUGGCUGAGUGCCUGUGCCCAGAAGGCAUGGAGCUAGCUGUGGAUAACGUCACCUGCAUGGACCUGCCCAACCCCCCAGGCCCUCUGGUUCUGAUGGUGGCUGUGGUGGCAACCUCAACACUGAGCCUCUUUAUGGUGUGUGGGGUCCUGAUUCUGGUGAAGCAGAAGAAGUGGCAGGGCCUGCGGGAGACGAGGCUGCCGAGCCCUGAGCUUGAGCUGAGCAAGCUUCGAACCUCUGCCAUCAGGACGGCCCCCAAUCCCUAUUAUUGCCAGGUGGGGCUUGGCCCGGCCCAGUCCUGGCCUCUGCCCCCAGGUGUCACCGAGGUUUCCCCAGCCAGUGUUACUCUGCUGAGAGCCCUGGGCCAUGGUGCCUUUGGGGAGGUGUAUGAGGGACUGGUAAUUGGCCUUCCUGGGGACUCCAGUCCCCUGCAGGUGGCUAUCAAGACCCUGCCAGAACUCUGCUCUCCUCAGGAUGAGCUGGAUUUCCUCAUGGAGGCACUCAUCAUCAGCAAGUUUAGCCAUCAGAACAUUGUGCGGUGUGUGGGGCUCAGCCUCAGGGCCGCCCCUCGCCUCAUUCUGCUGGAACUGAUGUCUGGAGGGGACAUGAAGAGUUUCCUGAGGCACAGUCGUCCACACCUGGACCAGCCAUCACCUCUGGUCAUGCGGGAUCUGCUGCAACUGGCCCAGGACAUAGCCCAGGGCUGCCACUACCUGGAGGAAAAUCACUUCAUCCACAGGGAUAUUGCUGCGCGGAACUGCCUGCUGAGCUGCACUGGGCCCAGCCGUGUGGCCAAGAUUGGGGACUUCGGGAUGGCACGAGAUAUCUACCGGGCCAGUUAUUACCGCAGGGGGGACCGGGCCUUGCUCCCAGUCAAGUGGAUGCCCCCAGAGGCCUUCCUGGAGGGCAUCUUCACAUCCAAGACAGAUUCCUGGUCUUUUGGGGUGCUUCUCUGGGAGAUCUUCUCACUGGGCUACAUGCCCUAUCCUGGGCGCACCAACCAGGAGGUGCUGGACUUCGUCGUUGCAGGGGGCCGGAUGGACCCUCCUAGGGGCUGCCCAGGGCCUGUGUACCGCAUCAUGACCCAGUGUUGGCAGCACGAGCCUGAGCUCCGCCCCAGCUUUGCCAGCAUCUUGGAGCGUCUUCAGUACUGCACUCAGGACCCUGAUGUGCUGAAUUCACCCCUGCCAAUGGAGCUGGGGCCCACCCCAGAGGAGGAAGGGGCUUCUGGGCUGGGGAACAGAUCUUUGGCGUGCCUAAGACCCCCACAGCCCCAGGAACUGAGUCCAGGGAAGUUGAAAAGUUGGGGAGGUAGCCCUCUUGGCCCCUGGCUUUCCUCUGGCCUCAAGCCCCUCAAAUCCAGGGGCCUCCAACCUCAGAACCUCUGGAAUCCCACCUAUCGCUCCUGAGCCCCAAGGAGCCCUGAGGGUGAGGACUGAGGCACUGAGGGUCCCUCCCUGUACUCCUCAGGCUCCUGGGUGGCCUGUUAUGCCAGCGGCCCCUGUUCCCUGCAGUCUGUGCUCCGUGUCUGGGCCUGUCUCGGAGCUGGCCUGGCAGCACUGCACUUGCCAUGCCGGAAACCAGCCCAGGCCUCCCAGGGAAAGGCCCAGCCACUUCCAGCUUUUGAUCUUUGGGCCAGAGGCCACCUUACACACACCCCAGGUGUCCAUGGGGAGCACUGGAUUGCCCUCCUACUAUGAGCAUCCUUCAUCUGGGCAGAACCCCACCCUGCAGAUGCUUCUAAUAAAAAGCGCUUCUCAUC